AUGGAUGCAUCUGAUGAAGGCAUCCAUCUCCAACCAGUCAUACUCGAGCUCUGUCCUCUGGGCCAUCAACACCGUCCAGGAGCACUCUACCCGCUUUUACAAUCACUCCACACGCACUUUACACAAUGUUGCACCAUUGAUGAUCUAAAUGAGAGCAUGGGACUUGCUCAUGAAGCCAUUUCCCUGCUCUCCGAGGGACACCCUCAGCGUAGUAACUGCUUGAAUGAGUUGGCCGUCUCACUCACCUACCGCUUCAGUCACCAAGGUACAUUUCAUGACCUUGACGAGGCUAUCUCUGUAUAUGAACAGGUACUGCUUCUGCGCCCUGUUAGGCACGAAUCUCAUUGUUUCUCAUUGAGCAACCUAUCUACUGAACCUUCAUGCGGAGAUCGCAUCCGCGCGCCCAACCUGGUUAUAGCUCCGUCCUGGGGGGCAUAUGCAUUUUCAAUGAAUGGAAAAGCUCCCUGUACUCUGUACUUUCCAUGA